GGCUGACAAAAGGUGAGAUGACCGCUGCGGUGUUUUCGAUAACCAGGGCAGGAAAUAGGAAGUGCAAAUUGCGAAUAGAAACUUCUGGAGAGAGAGAAAGAUGGCGGGAGCAGCAGAGGCACAAAAACGCCAGAGCGGGAGACCACUCCCACCUUCAGCGCGAGGUCCUCCUCCUCCCCCUCGCCCUCGCUUUGAGCCUGUUGAUCGCGAAAAGACCUGUCCUCUGUUGCUUCGAGUUUUCACCAAGAUUGGUGGUCUUCAUUCUAAAGAAGAUUUUGCAGUUAGAGGCAAGGAGCCCAAGGAUGAGGUUCAGAUUUAUACAUGGAAGGAUGCUACACUUCGUGAGUUAACUGAUCUGGUGAAGGAGGUAGCUCCGGCAGCCAGGAGAAGAGAUGCAAGACUUUCCUUUGCAUUUGUAUAUCCUGACAAGAAUGGACGUUUUGUGGUGAGGGAGGUCGGGAAGACCUUUUCUUAUGGUAAUGGGAGGCGAUUGGAUGACAGCAAAACCUUAGGUGAACUUAGCUUUGAGAUUGGAGAUUACUUAGACGUGGCUAUUAUGUGAGAGGAGCUUUCUUAGGUCCGACAUGUAUAAGACAGUUCAGAUAAUUUAGUAACAUGGGAAUGGGAAGUGCUGCAUGCAUUUCCCUCCGAAUGUGUGGGAGAUCACCAAGAAGAUGCAAGUGUCAUGUGAUUGAAGUCUGUAGAACUGUUAGAGAGGGACUCGUCCCUGGUAGGAAACCUUUUAUGGUAUAUGAUUGAUGCUCCAAUCUUGAACUGUUAAUCCUUUGUUAAAUUUGGUAAUGUAGCUUGAGAUUUUUGGGUAAAAUUUUGUAAUCUUUAAUGAAGUAUUGAGAUGUCAAAAUUUGUUGCUAGUAUUUAAGCUUUAUAGUGUUUAAGAAA